AUGUUUCAAGAAAGCGCGGAGAAGGUAGCGCCAUUGCUGCAGAACGGCAUCUCUAGUGGCGCAGAGCAGGGCAUGGAUGCCAUUAACAGCUUGAUUCAUUACGGCUGAAGCUGAAGAUUCGUUAUUUCAACUGCGCAUAUUGUUCGAUAGAUAUUAUGUUGAUGACAGACCCUACUACCGGCGAGGUCUGAUUCCUAUGUAGGACAAUGGAAAAAGAACCGAUAACCGUAGGCCCAUAGCCCUAGACCCUGACCCUAACUCUUACUACCGAAAAAGAACCUCGAUUUGAGUUCUCCUUCUCUCCCUUCUAAUCCGAGCAAGGUCCAAGAGGCGUUUCGAAGCUAGCCUUCUUGAUCAGUCUGAUUACCACUGCAGUUGGGCUAUUGGAGAUUAUCAUGACGAUUCUGAAUCCGUUAUCGAUAUUCUUCGCGCCGUUUCAUUUGGUAUAUAUUUUGAAAUACAGCCUGAUAGCGCUACUUGCUUAGAAAGUGGUUGAGACGAAGGAGGAAACGAAGAGAAACAUGAUAGCACUACUUGACUACCUCUAAGUUCUUCUACAAGAACGUGAGAAAAGUACUACGUCUAAGUUCAUCUUUGUUCUGCCUCAACAUGCUCAUCAUCUAGAAGAACAUCCUUAUUUCAUGAAGACCACUGCCCUGUCUCCUAGGUCCUGUCCUGCUACAUCGUGCUCUUCGGUGCUGCGGGUAUGGUGCUCGAGUGCGACGUGGAGUGGCUUGCCGGAAUGAAAUACUGGCCUCUGAUCCAGUUUUAUAUCCCUGAUGUGAUGACGAAGCUCCAGGAGUAUCAGAAGAUUGUGUUUCACCGUGCUAACUUUUUGACCGAAGUUCACGGGAGAGCGGGAUUCUACGGCUUCCUCGGCAUCCUUUGCGCGACGCAGUGCUUCCUGUGUCCCUUUUUCCUGGUAGUAUCCAUAGUACAAGCUUCUUCAUGGCUAGUUACUAGCUGCUGCUAGUACUGCUCAUUACGUUUUGAAAGAACAAAUUUGUAUCGAUUACCCUCAUUAACCUCCAAUUCUGUAUACCUCCAGGUUGGCCUCAUCAACAUGGGUUUAGCCGGGUUACUCGUGUAUCUAAUGCGCGAGGAAACUGUGGAUCUGUCGUAUCAGCAUGUCCGCGAGAAAUUCUUCGAACAGAUGCACAAUGUCGCAGCGAUCACGAAUAAAGCUGCGCAAGGGAUGGGGGCUCCUCAACAGGCAACGGCACCGACGGCACAAGAGACGAGAUUGUGA